AUAAAAACUGCAGAAAACAGCAUCAACUUAGCGUUGUCUCCCGGCAUAAUUCCAGCUCUGAUAAUAUUCCUUUCUUCUUCGUUUGUCAACUCCAAAAAUGGCGAUCAAUCCUCAUAUGGAAGGGAAGCCGCUGAGGCAGAUGUCGGAGGCCUUCAAAGCCCUGUCCGAUAGUCUGAAUUCCCAAAAUAGCCUCGAUGAAGCCCACCUCGGAGUCGGUCCCUUCUCCCAGGCUUGCUCUCUCGUCUCCCCUCUCUUUCGUUGUCUUGGAAUCGCUUUCAAGUUUGCGGAAAUGGACUAUGUCGCCAAAGUGGAUGAUCUGGCAGAGACAUCUAAAUCAGUUGCAACUUUACAAGUCAUGAUGGAGAGGGACAUCGAAGCAAAUUGUGUCAGGAAGGCAGGAAGUCAUACUAGGAACUUGUUAAGAGUGAAGCGCGGACUGGAUAUGGUCAAAGUUUUAUUUGAACAGAUUUUAUCAUCAGAUGGAAAUUCCCUGAAGGAUCCAGCUUCAACAGCUUAUGCACAGGUAUUUGCUCCAUACCAUGCAUGGGCUAUUAGGAAAGCUGUGGCGGCGGGGAUGUAUGCACUUCCUACAAGGGCUCAACUACUGAAGAAACUCAAUGAAGAUGAAAUCUCAGCAAAGACAAAGAUGCAAAUUUAUAUAGACUCAGUUGCCCCUAUCAUCUUGUACGUUGACAAACUCUUCACAUCUCGAGAUCUGGGUAUAGAUUGGUAAAUUUUUGUAUGUACCACAUUUUUUGUUUGUGUCUCAAAUGGAAGCUUUACCAUACUUGUCAUAUAUCCUUUGUUUGACAUAAGCAUGCCAGCAAUUAGCUUGUUACCAUCUCCUUCUUCUUAGACUUGGAUUACUGAACCAAGAUAAUCAAUUUGAGUGAAUAAUGUUAGUGAUGCUCCAUUACAAAAGGUUCUAUUGUUCCCACCUGGCAGUAUGAAUCGCCCCAGGAGUCGAAGAUCUUAGAACCAUUUCUUCUGAACUGAUUUUCUCAUUGUUGAGCUGUCCCUAGGGUUUGUCUUUGUUUGAAAUAAUGGCAUUGUUGUCAAGUCAUUCUGAGGCAAGCGGAGACCCUUGCGCCAUUUUAACAAACAGCUGUUAACGAGAAAUCAACAGGAAAUCGUAGCGUGUAAAUUACCGAACGCAGGGAUCAUUGUCUUGGUUUUGUCACGAAAGAAAGUCUUGUUUGACGGUUGGGAAAAUGACCAUCUAUUGUGGAAUGUGUAUGUAUUUUCUGUUCAAGUGGCUGGAAGUGCCCUGUUCAUGUUUCAUUGAAAGUGUAAUAAGGGAAGAAUAGAAGAAGACAGUAUUUCGGUUUGUAUGGAUUACCCAUGAAGAUGCAUUUAUAGUUACUUUAUGUGUAGAGACAUUAAGCAAUUAAUUACAUUGCUUUCCUAGGAUUUUGUUCUAUAUUCAA